UUAAAAUAUAAACAGAAAAAUUACAUAUUUUUGUUUUUUUGCUUUCUAGGGACUUAUGUGAAUAAUACACAAGUUUAAGUAGAUACCGCGUUUUAUAAUCGUAAGUAGGGCAUAUUCCCGCGAAUACUAAACUAUUAGAAUGAUUUGUUGUGGACAAAAUAGGGAGGUCGUCAAAAAGGGAUUUAAACCGUGUUUCAAUAAAAAGGCUAUAACUGAAAAGUUUUAUGCGCGUCACGAUCAAUUAAUUGAAAAUCCAAAUUAUAGAGGAAGUUAUGAGCUGUAUAGUGAGGAGAUACAGAGACGGCAAAGUCACGAUCCUCAUAAUAAUAUGUUGGCACCGCGUACAGAAAAUCAAGUUUACGGUUGGCUGCAGUUCUUGGCAUUCAAAUAUGAAGCUGGUUAUGACAAAUUUCUUUUUCAUCGGAGCCGACCAACUGAUGAAAAUAUGAAAAUACAAUUUGCAGUGAAUUUGGCGACUUUGCGCGGAAUGAAACGUUAGUACUAUGUACAGGAGUAAUGAAUGCAAAUAUUUAUGUUGGCCAAGGGUAGUCCAAAUAGAAAUUUUUUUCUAUAAAUGUUUUGAUAAAUAAUGUAUGUAUAUUAUUUUGGUAAAUCAUGUCUUUAUUGAAGAGAGUAAACAUUGUCGCUAUUUAUGAAA